AUGUUCGGGAGAGGACCAUCGAAGAAGAGCGACAACACAAAGUUCUACGAGAUCUUAGGCGUUCCCAAGAGCGCAUCUCCUGAAGAUCUCAAAAAGGCUUACAGAAAAGCCGCCAUCAAGAACCAUCCCGACAAGGGUGGAGAUCCCGAGAAGUUUAAAGAGCUAGGCCAGGCUUAUGAAGUCCUUAGCGACCCUAAGAAGCGAGAGGUUUAUGAUCAGUACGGAGAGGAAGGUCUCAAGAACCGAAUGGAUGAUAGUGUCCACGACCCUUUUGACAUCUUCUCAAGCUUCUUUGCAGACCGAGAAAGAAGACAGAGACGUGGCGAAGACGUUAUUCAUCCCCUCAAAGUCUCUCUCGAAGAUCUCUACCUCGGAACAACCAAGAAACUCUCUCUUUCAAGACACACUCUCUGCUCAAAGUGUAACGGAAAAGGUUCAAAAUCCGGUGCUUCUAUGCAAUGCCGUGGGUGUCAAGGCACAGGUAUGAAAGUGACUUUGAGGCAGCUCGGUCCCGGGAUGGUCCAGCAGAUGCAGCACGCUUGUAACGAGUGCAAAGGCACGGGAGAGAAGGUUAAUGAUCGUGACAGGUGUACGCAGUGUAAAGGAGAGAAGGUUGUUUCGGAGAAGAAGGUGAUUGAAGUGAAUGUGGAGAAAGGGAUGGUGCAUAGUCAGAAGAUUACUUUCAAGGGACAAGCUGAUGAAGCUCCGGAGACGGUUACUGGAGAUAUUGUGUUUGUUGUUCAGCAGAAAGAGCAUCCUAAGUUCAAGAGAAAAGGUGAAGACCUUUUCUUCGAGCACAAGGUUUCUCUUGCUGAAGCUCUUUGUGGGUUUUCGUUUGUUUUGACUCAUUUGGAUGGGAGGAAUCUUCUCAUUAAAGCUAACUCCGGGGAGGUCGUGAAACCUGAUUCUUAUAAGGCGAUAAGUGAUGAAGGGAUGCCGAUAUACCAGAGGCCAUUCAUGAAGGGUAAGCUUUACAUCCACUUCACGGUGGAGUUCCCUGACUCGCUAAGCCCUGACCAGAUCAGAUCACUUGAAGCUAUUCUGCCUAAGCCUUCUACAACUCAGCUGAGCGAUAUGGAGAUUGAUGAGUGUGAGGAGACUACCUUGCAUGAUGUCAAGAUUGAGGAUGAGAUGAAAAGAAAACCACAAGCUAAAAGAGAAGCUUAUGAUGAUGAGGACGAUAAUGAUGAACAUCCCGGAGGCGCGCAGAGGGUUCAGUGUGCCCAGCAGUGAGUAAGAAACUUUGCUCACAUGGGUUUUUGCCUCUUUCAUUUUCUUAUAGUGUUUUGGGAUUUUAGUAUGGUUUUGACUUUGUCCACUUUAGUGGAAAACCAACUUGUUUUUUUUUGUUCUAAUUAAAACUAAUGCCGUGUUAUAGUUUUUGUGUUUGAUAUUGAAUUUGUAGUCAUCUAAAAUUGAAAAAGUUAUUAAGAAAUGGGUCUGGAA